AUGGAUAAUCAUUAUCAGACCUGUUGGAACCCUCCCCCAACCCUUCUUCAUCCAGGUCAAUGGUGUAGAGGAUUCAGCCACUUUAUUGCACAGUGUCUUAUUAAGGAUUUUGAGAAGAGGCCAUCCGUCAUCCAUCUACUGGAGCAUCCAUUCAUCAGACAGGCACACGGCAAAGACAUGGCCUUACAGAAACAGCUGGCUAAACUCAUUGCUACCCAACAGCAGUCCGGUUCCAUAGCAAAAACCAGGUAUGAGAGAAUGCACACCAGACGGCCCUGUGUCCUGCAGACAAAAGAGAAUAUUUGCCUCGAUGAUGAUUUGGUCAACCUGGAAGUUCUCAAUGAGGAAACCAUUGUACAUCAAUUACAGACACGAUUUGCUGACUUGCAGAUUUACACAUAUGUUGGAGAUAUUAUAAUAGCUUUAAAUCCAUUCCAAAAUCUCAGCAUCUAUUCCCCACAGUUCUCCAAGCUGUAUCAUGGAGUCAAACGUGCCUCAAACCCUCCACAUAUAUUCGCAACUGCAGAUGCUGCAUAUCAAGGAAUGGUCACUUUCAGCAAAGAUCAGUGCAUUAUUAUAAGUGGAGAGAGUGGAGCAGGAAAAACAGAGAGUGCGCAUCUCAUCGUGCAGCAUCUGACCUUCCUCGGAAAGGCAAAUAAUAGAGCUUUGCGAGAAAAGAUCCUACAAGUUAACCCUUUAGUUGAAGCCUUCGGAAACGCCUGCACUGUUAUCAAUGACAACUCCAGCCGGUUUGGAAAAUAUCUUGAAAUGAUGUUUACACCAACAGGGGCGGUAAUGGGUGCAAAGAUCUCUGAAUACCUGCUGGAGAAGUCUCGAGUUAUUAAGCAGGCUGUGGGUGAGAAAAAUUUUCACAUAUUUUACUACAUUUAUGCUGGACUUUAUCACCAUAAAAAGCUUUCUGAAUAUAACCUACCAGAAAAUAAGCCUCCUAGAUAUAUUGACAAUGAGGCGGGUUCAGUGAUGCAGGAUAUCAUAUCUAAAGAAUCUUACAGAAGACAGUUUGCAGCAAUUCAACAUUGUUUCAGGAUUAUAGGAUUUAGUAAUGAGGAGGUCCAUUCAGUGUACAGGAUUCUGGCUGGAAUACUAAACACAGGAAACAUUGAAUUUACUGCCAUUUCUUCUAAGCAUCAGAUAGACAAGAGUGAAGUUCCGGAUGGAGAAGCCUUAGAAAAUGCUGCAGCCCUUCUCAGCAUUGGUGCAGAAGAGUUUCAGGAGGCACUAACCUCGCACUGUGUGGUAACAAGGGGAGAAACCAUAAUACGCACUAACACAGUGGAUAAAGCUGGUGAUGUCAGAGAUGCCAUGUCCAAAGCUUUGUAUGGUAGACUUUUCAGCUGGAUUGUGAACCGAAUCAACACUCUGCUCCAGCCAGACAAAAAUAUAUGCAAUGCUGAGAGUGGUAUGAACGUGGGAAUUUUAGAUAUUUUUGGAUUUGAAAACUUCAAACGGAACUCAUUUGAGCAGCUGUGCAUUAACAUUGCCAAUGAACAAAUCCAGUUUUAUUUUAAUCAGCAUAUAUUUGCCCUGGAACAGAUGGAAUAUCAGAGUGAAGGAAUAGAUGCUGCUUUGGUGAAGUAUGAAGAUAACCGGCCUCUCUUGGACAUGUUUCUUCAGAAACCAAUGGGUCUGCUUUCCCUGCUUGAUGAAGAAAGCAGAUUUCCCCAAGCGACAGACCAGACCUUAGUUGAUAAAUUUGAAGACAAUCUCAGAUUGAAAUACUUUUGGAGGCCCAAAUGUGUUGAGCUUUGUUUUGGUAUCCAACAUUAUGCUGGGAAGGUCCUGUAUGAUGCCUGCGGAUUUCUGGAGAAGAACAGAGACACUCUGCCUGCUGAUAUUGUGGUUGUGCUGAGGACAUCAGAAAAUAAGCUUCUUCAGCAGCUCUUCUCAAGCCCGCUGACAAAAACAGGUAACUUAGCUCAGUCUAGAGCACGAGUAACAGCAGCUUCGAGAUCCCUACCACCUCAAUUAAAUGCUGGGCGUAUUAAGGUGGACACUAUGGAAAUGAUGAGACAUCCAGAUGAGACAACAAAUAUGAAAAGGCAAACAGUAGCUUCGUAUUUUAGGUACUCCUUAAUGGAUCUUUUGUCAAAAAUGGUGGUUGGACUGCCUCACUUUGUGCGCUGCAUCAAACCAAAUGAUGACCGAGAAGCAAUGAAGUUCUCAAGGGAUCGGGUGCUCAUGCAGCUGCGUUAUACAGGCAUUCUGGAAACUGUUAACAUCCGGAGACAAGGAUAUUCUCACCGUAUUUUAUUUGAAGAGUUUCUUAAAAGGUACUAUUAUCUUGCUUUCCGAGCACAUCAAAAUCCCCCUGCCACAAUAGAGAGUUGUGCUGCCAUUCUAGAGAAGGCCAAGCUUGAAAACUGGGUUCUUGGAAAAAGUAAGGUGUUCUUGAAAUAUUAUCAUGUAGAACAGUUAAAUCUCCUCCUGAGAGAAGUCAUUGGACGAGUAGUGGUGAUGCAAGCGUAUACCAAAGGAUGGCUCGGAGCAAGGAGAUACAAGAAAGUUAAAGAGAAAAGGAAUAAGAGCGCUACCUGCAUUCAAGCUGCAUGGAAAGGAUAUGAUACUCGGAAAAAACUUAAGGAAAUAAGAGGCAGAAGAAAUGGAGCAGCGAUUGUUAUUCAAGCAGCUUUCAAGGGAUAUAUUACGAGGAAGAAUUACAUUGUCCUGAAAAAUAGAAAUGCGUUACUUCUCUCAAAUAAUAUAUCAGACAGUGCAAGCACUAGUAAUUACUAUACACAGUGGCAAGAGAACUGUGUCCCAAGCCAUUUCACAGAGCCUAACCACCGGGACAAGCAGUCAGGGCAGGAUUUGGAUGUCUCUCCAAAUAUAGUGACCAAUAAGAAUGAUUCAGAAGUCAUUGUAAACAAUCGGUAUUCAAAUUCUUUUGGAUCAUGCAGAAGUACAGGUUCAGAAAUGUUUAUUGAGAAGAAGUUGAGGACAAGAAGACGCUGUCAACAGCCCAAAACUCUGAACAGCCCGGAGGACAGCAUGUACUAUAACCACAUUAAUGGAACUCUAGACUAUCAAGGGAGCAAGAGGAAGCCGAGAAAACUUGGCCAAGUCAAAGUUCUAGACAGAGAAGAUGAAUAUUACAAACUCUUAUCAACUGCUGACUCCAUUCCUGAGGAGGAUCUGUCUGUUUGCUCUCCUUUGGCACAGCAAGAAAUAUUUUUUGCCUCUAGCUAAAGUGCUAAACCUCUGUUCUCUAAUCCACACUAUUUUGGAACUGGAGAUUCCAAGUUGACCAGAAAACAGCACAAAAGAAUAUUUUAUAUCAUCGUAUUAUUCAGUAAAAUAUUUGAAUUAAAUGUCACCAUUUUGUAUUUAAAAAAAGCAUUAUAUGAUUUCUUAAUGAAUUAUUUUUAAUAAAUGAUGCAAACAUU